AAACGGGAGAAAACUGAAAGAGGAGCAGAGGAAUUUAAAAAAAUAAUAACAAUCUUAUAACUUGAAACAGCUUUCCAAAGGAAAACUCAAGAGCGAACCAAGAAAAUAAAUAAUUACAACUCAACGACAGCUUUCUAAAAAAAAAAUUUUUUUUAAAAGGGUAGGGAUAAUGGCUGGUCACUCUGCCUCUCGGCCACUGAGUCCAAAGACGGAGGUCUUGAUUGAUAUGUGGCACUUAGGGCCGGAGGUUUCCAGUUCAAAGCUUACACUUUCAUUACUUGAGGUGAUUGAAAGUAUACGCACGAACGAUCUCAGAUCUCAGUCGGGGUAUUUCAUGUGUUGCCGGACCCCCAACCACGAAAGGAAGGACAAAGAGCAGCUUGAGAAAGCCUUAAAAGAUAUACCUUGUGGUGGGGUGGUGGCCGCCGAAACUUAUGCUGCGACCUUAUACGCCAUGAAGCAGAAGCUGGACGAAGAUGGUGUGGAGAAGUUCGUCGUCCUGUUGUCCUGGGAGAGAAAAUCCUUGGUGAGAAAGUACAUGGAGCAGCUCUUCACCAGACUCUACCGGUAUGAGUUGAUAGAGCUGCCCAUGAGCUCCAAAGAAAAGCGCUUGAAGAAAUCCUGGGAGUCAAGGAGCAAAGCAGGGCCUCACGUAGAUCCCGAGGUGGAAAGGAUCCAGAAAGAAAUAAGCCAAUUUUUGGAAAGUCUUCCCAGCCUGAAAGGAGACCUCACAAUCCUCAAAUCUUCAUUAAUCCCAGGACAUAUUUUCCUGCAUGGAUUCACAACGAGAACUGGGGGCAUUUCGUAUGCAUCAACGUUGAGCUCUUUAAAUCUCUUCAGUAGCUCUAAGCGGCGAGACCCCCCAGCUGUGGUGAAGGAAAACCUUCGAAGAUUAGCCCACGCUGCGGGGUUUGACCCAGAGAUGUAUCACAGCAUCAAGGUCAACCACGGCAGUGACGUCUGGGUGAUGGGACAACCCCAACCCGAGAGCUACGAUGGGAUUGUAACCAACCAAAGAGGCAUCGUCGUUGCUGCUCCCGGCGCAGACUGCAUUCCUCUUGUGUUUGCGGACCCGGUCAAGAAAGUUUGUGGAGCUGCCCAUUCAGGCUGGCAAGGCACCUUACUAGGGGUUUCGAUGGCUGUAGUUAAUGCAAUGGUGACAGAAUAUGGUUGCAACGUAAAGGAUAUCCUCGUAGUUCUUGGACCGUCUGUGGGGCCCUGUUGUUUUACGCUGCCCAAGGAAUCGGCAAAAGAAUUUUACAAGAUUGAUCCAACAUGCGUAAGAGGUUUUGAAUCGCCCAACCCGUACGUGGAUAUUCGGAGAGCAACACGAGUUCUCCUAGAAGCUGGAGGGGUUCUACCCAGGAAUAUUCAAGACGACUCCGUAACAGACCCAGAGCAAAACCUCACACUUUGCACAUCCUGUCAGCCCGACAAGUUCUACUCACACGUUCGAGAUGGAGAAAACUUUGGCACUCAGAUUGGCUUCAUCUCGGUUAAAAACUGAGAGGACAUCCUACACCGUGGGAACUACUGAUGAAGGUUGAUGAACCUUCGUUGGUAGAAAGUUCCUAGCAAUGGUUACUGUUUCCAACCAAUUUUUUUUUAAUUGUUUGCAACCAACAAUUUUGGGUAUGGCUAGUGAAAAGAGGGAGUAGGGGAGAUACUGAUAGCAAUAUUCCGUAUUUGAGGGGCUGCCAUAAAAAAGAAGAGGGGGU